CUCUGGAGAGACAAGUUCAGCACAGUUGAGCAGGACCAGUGGCAUGCUUUCGAUUGUUUUCCCCCUCGUUUGGUGCCAAGUAGUCCCAAACUAUUAGGCUGGCAAGCAGCUCUUCAGCAUUCCGAUGCUGAUGUUAGGUUGCAGAGGCGCAAGGAGCAGCUGGCAGCAUUGCACAAGUCAUACCGCUUGUACGGAACAAUCAGCAAAGGAGUUUCUGACAAACUCAAAUGGUUGAAUCCGUGCAUGUCUAGUAAGGAAUGUUUUUACUACCACGCUCGUGGUUUCUCGUUUCAUGCAAGACUAUAUCAGGAACAGCGCCUCCAAGUUUACAUUGGUCUGCCAUGUGCCAAAUACAAAAAGCAACGUCCAUCAACUCUGAUGCUACUCUCCUGAGAAGCUCUGCACUAAAAUCGCUUUCAAACGACUACCAAUCUUGUGAAUGUAACACACAGCUGGUGGCAAAGUUGGGAGUACUCUGCCGUCAAAAGGUGGCACUGAUCUGAACAUUAUUAUAAGGCUUUAGAACUCUAAAGCCAUUAUAUUGGCACUGGUCUGAUACAGCUUCAGAGAAAUGUCCUCUCUGUCGAGGGGACUGUUAAGUGAUGGACUACUACCGGACACUGGGGAUCAGGAGGGAUGCUACUGCGGAUGAGAUCAAAGCAGCCUUCCGAGCACUGGCCCUCAAGUUCCAUCCGGACAGACAUGCUACGAGUGAUCCAGCUGUAAAAGACAAGGCAGGCGCACAGUUCAAGGAGGUGUCUGAAGCAUAUCAGGUGUUGAGUAAUGACGCCAAGAGGGCGGUGUACAAUAGAGAGGGCCGGGCGGGGCUGCAUUAUGGGGGCGCACCCGGAUACCAACAGUACGCUAGAUACCGAGGGGCGCACCGGAGUCAGUACACGGGAUAUCAGUACGACCAGUCUUUUCGGACAAGGGGAUUCGACACAUGGUGGCGUGCCCCCCUCCGGGGCUUCGGUCGGACGGACUACAUCUUCCAUGCCUCGAUCGCGCUGCUUGGACUGGGCGCCUUUCUCUUCAUUGACCAAGCCGGGGAGUCGAUGUGGAGGCGCCACAACGCCGGGAAGUCCUUUGAAGAUUUGCAAGCCGCUCGCCAAGCCCAGCCGCAGUUCGCUGAAUCGAAACCUAGCAUAGAAACGGAAACAGUCCAUCGGCCGGCUCGCCCCCCGCCCCACCUCUUGGUACGGCGGCCAAACCCCGGGUGGCCUUUCCACCAUAGACGUCAGCGUGACGUCGUUGCAGAACCACGGAAGGCGGGGGGGACGCAAGAGGAGGCGCCACGUGGCACUGUGGGGCAAGAAGGAGGGUUGAAAGGGGGGGAUGGAGCCGGGGGGGGCUUCCGGAAGCCUUCGGAAGGCGGAAGUUUAGGUACCGGAUCUGGGCCGCGUCUAGGGGCCGCUGCUACGGAUUCGGCUAUAUCGAAGAGGGUCUCGAGCUCUUCGCCUAGUGUUGGUACGGAGGGUUUGUCACAAAGGCCAGCGCGCGUAGGGGUUGUAAACAAAGACGGAGCUCGAGGUGUAGGAGAGCAGCAAGGUGUAGCAACCACCUCGCCAAGCAGGGGAGGUGCACAUCGUCUAGCUCAACCGCAAACCGAAGGGUCCCAAAUCUUCGAAAAGGUUGCAUAAGUGGGCCAUACAUUUCAUAAGGGAGGUGCAUGGUCAACGCCCGUCAUACCAUUGACUGUGGAAGGUAGCAAUCAUUUCGGUUUUUGUUGAGCAGCCGCUCAGUUUUUCGUCAACC